UGUUAUAGUGUCUAUUAAAAAAAUGGAACUAAACAAGGCCCAAGUAUACUUAUUACUCGGUAUAUAGAAUGACAAUAUACUAAGCGACAGAUCAUGGAAGUUUCCAUUGAAUGUGCAGACUCGUCUGUCGUCUCCAUCAGUUGUAACCGCACGAUGGCCGAGUCACUAGUAGUUCGCCAAACCCUGCAAAAGGCGACGGUAGCACAUCAAGAAAUUGACACCGGAUCGACAUGAUCCAAUCCCACCGAACCAAACUGAGCUGCGCGCACUUUGCUGAUCCGUGAAACCAGAACAUGUCGGCAUUGCGGCAUUCUCUACCGAUCAUCCUCCUGCAGCUGUACAUGCUGUCCGGCGUACCACCGGCGACGGCUAAGGUCACUGCGCUGAUCGUGUUCGGCGACUCGACGGUCGACACGGGCAACAACAACUACAUCUCCACGCUCGUCAAGAGCGACUUCGCCCCCUACGGCCGCGACCUCCGCACGCCGGGAAGCGGCGGCGGCGGCGGCACUAGCAGUGCCCAGCCCACCGGCCGGUUCUCCAAUGGCCGCCUCGCCGUCGACUUCAUCUCCGAGGCUUUUGGCCUCCCCCCUCUCGUGCCGGCGUACCUCGACCCCAACGCCAACAUGAGCAGCCUCGCCACCGGCGCCUGCUUCGCGUCUGCAGGCGCCGGCUACGACAACGCCACGUCUGAUCUUUUUUCCGUUCUGCCGCUGUGGAAAGAGCUGGACUACUUCAAGGAGUACGCGGCGAAGCUGAGGAGCUUCCAUGGCGACGAGAAGGCGAAGGAGACGCUGUCGGAGGCGCUCUACAUCGUGAGCAUGGGCACCAACGACUUCCUGGAGAACUACUACGGCGUGCGGAGCGGCGACGCGGCGGAGCGCGCGGGGUCGGCGUCGGGCUACGCGGGGUACCUGCUGGGCGUGGCGGAGUCGUUCGCGCGGGCGCUGCACGCGCUGGGCGCGCGCAAGCUGGACCUCAACGGGCUCCCGCCCAUGGGGUGCCUCCCGCUGGAGCGCCACGCCGCCACGGGCGCGUGCACCGAAGAGUACAACGCCGUGGCGCGGGACUUCAACGCGGGCCUCCGCGACCUGGUGGCGCGCCUGGACGCGGACGACGCCACCGGCGGCGGCGGCGGCGACGACGGAGGCCUCGGCGGCGGCGCCAGGGUCGUCUACGGCGACGUGUACGGGCCCGUGGCGGACGUGCUCGCGGACCCGGCGGCGUACGGGUUCGACGACGUCGCGGCCGGGUGCUGCGGCACCACGGGGCGGAUCGAGAUGGGGUACAUGUGCAACGAGGCCAGCCCGCUGACGUGCAAGGACGCCGGCAAGUACGCGUUCUGGGACGCCAUCCACCCCACGGAGCACCUACACCGCUUCCUCGCCGACCGCAAGAUGAACACCUCGCUCUACGUGUUCCAGUAAAAGUCAUGGAUCGGAACAGGGACGGGGCGCAUGGUCCUUAAUUUUCUUUUUAUCGAAAUGAAAUGUACAACACUAGAUCAAUACAAGAAUCGAGCGAUGCGGUUGUUCAA